AUGGCUUCGCCGUCUCCAUCAACGGAAAGAAGGGUUGCCGGGGAUGAAGAUACCACUGGAGGCGUGCGCGUCGCUGAUGAACUAGAAAUGUCUGACGGAGCAGAGCACGGAGUUGGAUCGUUUGAGGGCGAAGGCUCUGCAGGGAUGGAGUCGGACGAGUACGACUUUCAGGAAGAUGAAAUAGAACACGACCAUCAUGUAGAGGCCGAUGUCGACAAUGGGGAUGCGGUUGAAUUGGAAGACAGUUUGGACGGCGCCGGAGGAAUGUCUGACAAUUAUGCGGAAGACGAGUUUUACGCUGUUGAUUCCGUGGAGUCGAUAGGUUGGAUUGAUUUUUUGAACUUGAGCGAGGAUGAUAUUUUCCGGUUUAAUUUCGCAGACGUUGACAUUGCAUUUGAGUUAUACCAGCAAUAUGCAAAGCACCAUGGCUUCGGGGCGAGACGUUCCAGAAGCGAAAAACGCGGCGAAGUAAGGAUACGGCAGGAGUUCGUAUGCCACCGACAAGGGUACCGAUCCCCGAAGUUCUACUCAAUGCCUAACCGGCAAAAGAGGCCGAGGGCCGAGACACGUUAUGGAUGCCCUGCAAGGAUGCUACUCCGCAUGGACGAUGAAUCAGGACGUUGGCACGUUGCGUACUUUUCAGACGCGCAUAACCACCACGUUCUUGAGUUGCGAUUUUCUUCCAUUCUUCCAGGCCAUCGGAGGAUGAGCGAAGCGGACAUCGAGCAGAUGAACGACAUGCGCAAAGGGGGCAUUGGCGUCUCCCGAAUCCACGGUUUUAUGGCGAGCCUAGCCGGCGGGUAUCAUAAUGUCCCGUACACAACAAGGGACAUGCACAAUGUAAAUGCGAAGCAACGAAGGGAGGGUGGCCUAGAUGCGGAAUCGUGCCUAAGGUAUCUCCGAGAGUGCAAGACAAAUGAUCCAGCACUGUACUACAAGAAAGUUGUUGACGGUGAGGGCGUGUUGCAACAUUUGUUUUGGUGUGAUGGCACCAGCCAAAUUGAUUACCAGGUGUUUGGAGACGUGGUUGCAUUUGAUGCAACAUACAAGAAAAACGUUUACCUUUCACCUCUUGUAGUAUUCUCCGGUGUGAAUCACCACAACCAAACGGUUGUCUUUGCCGCUGCACUGGUGGCAGACGAGAAAGAAGAGACUUAUGUCUGGCUGCUUCAACAGUUGCAAACUUCAAUGAAAGGGAAGACUCCCGUGUCCAUAAUAACCGACGGUGAUAGGCAAAUGAAGUCUGCGAUCGAGCAAGUUUUUCCGGAGGCUUACCAUCGACUCUGCGCUUGGCAUCUACUCCGAAACGCCACGAGCAACAUCGGAAAGCCCAAAUUCACUAGGAUGUUUAGGGAUUGCAUGUUUGGCGACUACGAGGUCCGAACAUUCCAGAGAAAGUGGUUUGAGAUGGUUGAGAAAUUUGGCGUCGCCGAUAAAAGAUGGGUACAGGACAUGUACGAGAGAAGGCACAGUUGGGCCACAGCACACAUACGGGGAAAGUUCUUUACUGGAUUUCGAACAACAUCAAGGUGUGAGGGCUUGCAUGCUGUGAUAUCACGGUAUGUUAAGUCUCGAUACAACUACACUGAGUUUUUACGUCAUUUCCAUCGAUGCUUGAUGUUCGUGCGUGCAAAGGAGGUGGAGGCUGAUUUCGAGUGUGCAAAGGGUGACCCUGUUAUGACCACCAACCUGAAACAGCUGGAGCGGAGUGCAGCCGAGAACUACACUCGUGCAAUAUUCUAUUUGUUUGUUCCCAUUCUUGACAGGGCCUGCGCAAUGAGGGUGGUUGACUCUGAAGACAACGGUUCCUAUUUUAUCCACACCGUCUCUCGAUACGGCACUCCGGGGAAGGAUUGGCGUGUUGUUGCAACGUCUGAUACGAGGGAGGUCCGAUGCACGUGCAUGAGAAUGGAAUGUUUCAGGGUCCCCUGCAAACAUAUAAUUGCGGUGCUUGUUCUUAACAAUGUUCAUGAGAUCCCGAGGUCUCUGAUAUUGCCGAGAUGGACCAAGGAUGCAAAACUUGUGGCGGUGCAGUCGAUGGGCGUGAUUUGGGAUUCUGUACAACUGACGCAACACUGGUGCCUGAUGGAUUGGUACCGGAAAGUGUGCAAGAUUGCAUGUCACAACACUGAAAAGUUCCAGUUUGCAAGAGACAUUGUCAUGCUGAUGCUGAAGCACUUCGAGAACGAAGAUGCAGGGAACACCCGUUUUCCACCCGAGGGGCCACCUACUGAGGAUGGCAGAGCCUCGACGCGGAAUCCACCCAAGCGCAAUACAAAGGGUAACGGUGUUCAUGGUGGAAAGAAAACCCAGCGAUGUCGUUUGUGCCGGGAGGUGGGACACAACAGGACGACUUGUCCAGACCGCCCCACGAUGGAGUCAUCCAGCGCAGUUGCAGAUGACAUGGAUUCGAUGGACACUGACAUGGUGCUCUAUGAUAACCUAUCCGGCGAUAUGUAUGCGACCGCCGAGAUUUCUUCGUUCCAAUGCUCCGAUAGUGACACGCAGGCUGGGUUUGCUAACAACAACUUCGCUGGGACCAACACGUCCGGGCCUGUCAUGUCUCUCGCCGAUUGA